AUGCCCCCCUCAGCUUUAGAUUGCUUGUUGUAUUUAGAGGUCGACUAUCCCAUGAUGUUUUCAGUUCAGAACCCACGCCAUGAUGGCUUCUACGCCGACAACGGUUCUGUUGGCGGCCAAAUCACUCACUGUGGAGAAUCCGAGUUCACGGCGGAUGAGGGUUUCGUCCACAUGCCUCGAUGGAUAAUGAACCAGAUGGAACUACAAGAAGGAGACAUAGUUUUUUUCAAGGAUGUUAUUCUUCCUAAAGGAACCGACAUAAAGCUUCAACCUCAUUCCGCUGAUUUUGUUAGGCUCCCUGAUCAAAAAGCUUUUGGAGGAUACUCUCAAGGAAUACUCGUCGAAAACAAAGUGGGCAAGAUUGAGAAGAAAGUAAAGGCUGAAGAGGGAGAUGUAGCAAGAGCUGGAAAAAAAGCAAUUGUCAAGAAAUUAAAGGCUGAAGAGGGAGGAAACGAGAUCGAGGAUAAGGUUUGUCUCAUUCAAGGGUUCAGGAAGGCAAUUGGCCGAGUAGCAAAAGUGCAGGUUCAUGGCUUCAUGCACGGAGGAUUCAUGUAA